UGGUAACUUCAAAUGUCGGACCAUUACUGCAGAUACUGAUCUAUAUUGCAGAAUUGAUUAAAUUCGCGUGAAAGAUACCAUCUGGUAUACAGAAUUAUCCUCUGUGGCUUAAUGUAAUAAAAAUUGCGUUAAUUACACUGUUUUUCCAUACAGUGAAAAAUGUUCUAUUCGAAAAUCGUUCUUUAACAUCACAGAUAUCAGAUGUGGUCGAUAUUUUUCCAACACAUUGAAAUGAAUUUGAUUUUAUUCAUAGUUUUGCUGAAUUUGUCCCACCAGACGUGGUGCAAGACCCAAAAAUCUUUCGAAAUAAUGCGAUUCGAAUCUUGUUCUAACUAUAAAGAAAAAGAUCUACCGAUGCAGUUGACGAGAGGUAGAAGAUUGGGACACAAUUACAACAAUCGUAGUCUGGAAUUGACGAUGGUGAUCAAAGAGACCAUUGGUGGAAGAAUCGAGGGCACCAUAAACCUUUGGAAAUGCGAUUUGACAGGAUCACAGAGUUCCUGUGAAUACUAUGUGAAAGACCUGAAAGUGAAGAAGAUUUGCGAAAAAAUACCGAUGAAAGAUCAGCUUUGGAGUCCCUUCACCCAGAAUAUAUCACCACAGUUGGAUUGUCCCAUGAAACCAGAUACUUACCAUGUGAACUGUCCAUUCAGUAACGAUAUAUUUAGGUUCAUGCCAGUUCCAACAGGAAUAUGGAAAGCAAGAGGACUGUUAUUCAGCGACAAUAACACUGUACUGUGUAUAGAUUUCGAUAGCAGAGUAUUGGAAAGAAAAGUUUGACAAAAAGUUUCACUUGCCAGAACAAUUUUGU